CACAACACGGAAGCGAUGGCGGCCGCGGCCGGGGAGGCAGCGGGAGGCGGCGGCGGUUCCCCGUCCUCCGCCCGGCGGCGGCUGCGCAUCAUCUCCGGGCACCUGCGGGGCUCGCCGCGGGCCCCGGGGCGGGGAGCGCUCUCCCCGAGCCCCUGCAAGGCGCAGGGCGGCUCCGCCGGGCCGGCCUCCGGCUCCAUCCCGAAGAAGCGGCAAGAACUUUUGAAGUGGAAUGGAUGGGGAUAUAAUGAUUCCAAAUUCAUCUUCAAUAAGAAGGGUCAAGCAGAAUUCACAGGGAAAAGGUACAGAUUAGGUGGUAUGGUAUUACCAACUUUUAAGGAAUGGAUAGAAAAAACCUUUGGAGCAAGUCUGGAGCACAAAACUACCUCUAGAGCAUCCUUAAAUGUUAAUGAUGUACCUCCAUCCAUUGUAAAUGAAGAAUUUCUUCAGGAUCUUAGAGCCACUAAAAUCUCCUAUUCCCAGGAUGCAGAAGAUAGGGUAUUCAGAGCUCAUGGUCACUGCCUACACGAGAUAUUUGUACUCAGGGAAGGAAUGUUUAAGCGAAUUCCUGAUAUAGUUGUAUGGCCUGUUUGCCAUGAAGAUGUAGUUAAAAUUGUGGAAUUAGCCUGCAAACACAAUCUCUGCAUAAUACCAUUUGGUGGAGGAACAAGUGUCUCUAGUGCCCUUGAAUGUCCUGAAGAAGAAAAAAGAACAAUUGUCUCCCUGGAUACAUCACAAAUGAAUCGGAUUCUCUGGAUAGAUGAAAAAAACUUAACAGCUUGUGUAGAAGCUGGCAUUGUUGGACAAGAUCUGGAAAAACAGCUUGCUGAAAGUGGCUUCUGUACAGGCCAUGAGCCAGACUCCAUGGAAUUCAGUUCACUAGGAGGCUGGGUCGCAACACGAGCAUCAGGCAUGAAAAAAAACAUCUAUGGAAACAUUGAAGAUCUGGUGAUUCAUAUAAAAAUGGUGACUCCUAGAGGAAUAGUAGAAAAAAACUGUCAAGUACCUCGCAUGUCAACAGGACCUGAUAUCCAUCACUUCAUUAUGGGAUCUGAAGGAACCCUUGGAGUGGUUACUGAAGUGACGAUAAAGAUUCGCCCGGUCCCUGAAUACCAGAAGUACGGCUCUGUGGUCUUCCCCAACUUUGAGCGAGGGGUGGCCUGCUUGAGGGAAGUGGCAAAGCAGAGAUGUGCUCCUGCAUCAAUUCGCCUUGUUGACAAUGCUCAGUUUCAGUUUGGUCAUGCUCUUAAACCACAAGUUGCUUCCAUUUUUACAUCAUUUUUGGAUGGACUGAAAAAGUUCUACAUCACAAAGUUUAAAGGAUUUGAUCCCAACAUCCUGUGUGUAGCUACCUUGCUCUUUGAAGGUGACAGAGAGAAGGUUCUUCAGCAUGAGAAGCAAGUCUAUGAUAUUGCCACCAAGUUUGGUGGCUUGGCAGCAGGAGAAGAUAAUGGGCAGAGAGGAUACAUGCUGACAUUUGUCAUCGCUUACCUUCGGGACCUAGGCCUGGAUUAUUACGUAAUAGGAGAAUCAUUUGAGACUUCUGUUCCUUGGGAUAGGGUUUUGGACCUUUGUAGAAAUGUAAAGGAAAGGAUAGUACGAGAAUGCAAAGAAAAGGGUGUUCAGUUUGCUCCUCUUUCCACCUGUAGGGUGACACAGACUUACGAUGCAGGUGCAUGUGUCUACUUCUACUUUGCCUUUAACUACAGAGGAAUUAGUGAUCCUAUUCAUGUCUAUGAACAAAUUGAGAGGGCUGCUAGAGAAGAAAUACUUGCCAAUGGAGGAAGUCUUUCACAUCACCAUGGAGUAGGCAAAUUGCGGAAGCGCUGGAUGAAGGAGAGCAUCUCUGAUGUUGGCUUGGGAAUGCUGAGAUCUGUUAAAGAAUAUGUGGACCCCAAUAACAUCUUUGGAAACAAAAAUCUUUUAUAAAGCCCUGCACAAAUGAUGUACUAAAAAUUAAAAAUUACUGUUGAAAUUCCUCCACUUUCAUUGUAUUGAUAUCCCAGUAAUCAAAUAUAACAUAGACUAAACUUUCAAAACUAGUAACUUACAUUGAUUUUUGCUACUCCCUUCCCUGUUUCCCCAAUAAAGUGUAAACAUCACUGUUAAUGUUUAUGGACUUUUACUUAACAAUGUUCCAACCUACUGGGCACAAAGUACUAACCAGGAAAUGCAAAUCUGGGUUUCCAAGUUGGGCUAGGCAGCACAGCUGACAUAUUUUCAGUGCUGGAUACUGCCAGAUGUUUCUUACUUAAAGCAUCUCCCGUGAGGAGGACAAAGACUGACAACAGUGUUUUCUACAGACGCAGCUGCACGGCCCAGCCUCCUGCUAAAGGAAAGCUGCUGAGACAGAUGAGAGAACACCAAGGAGUACCUCCUUGUACUGCAUUAAGUAUGUAACAGACUUGUACCUAGCAGAUACUUAGAGUAUAAAUACAGGCUUUCAUCAAAAGAGACAGUGUAAGUCAAACUAAUAAAAAUUCCGUUAGUCUCUCACUGUAAUACUACUGGAAAAUCUUACACAAGAUUGAGCUGUUCUGAGUUGUAUUUGCAUUGCUGGGAUAAUCUUAAAUUAAUUGUAGGUCAGUCACUAAGUUUUGUACAAUGGACAUUUCUCACUGUAUGUUGAAAACAGGUUUGUAACAAAAUUUUGUGUUCAUCUGUACUUCAGUCCUAGUGUGUAGGGGUUUUGUUCCCGUUGUUUGUUUUGCACAGAUGCAAAAUAUCUUUUUCAGUUAUUCAGAUGAAACUGCCCAGCACUGUCUUUUGAAACAGUCACAACAGUUUAAUAAAACACUUAAAUGGACAACCUACUGUCAUCCUGGAAGUGAGAUUUCCCAUUUAAGUUUUGUACAGUUUCCUAUGGCCUUUAUGAAUCAUUUAUUUACUUCACAAGUAGCCACAAUUUUAAUUGUCCAUUGAACUUUAUGAAAAUGAAAUAUUUUCUUGAUCAGUAUCAUGUGGGAGUAAGCAUUUUUACAUUGAAACUUGAAUCGUAAUCAGUAAAAUAAACAAAAUAUUUGUCAAUA